GUACGCAAGCAUCUCGUGCUUUCUUUCGAGCCUCUGCACCAAAGAGCUAUACAACCGAAAAGAAAUAUCAAAGCGGCGGGUUAUCAAGAGUAGCAUGCGUCUCUCCCUGCCCGACGUCGACAAGACGCAACCUCUCUCCCACCUAUCACCUCGACAAGAACGAACAACCGACGGGUCACUUUCAAGCCUCCAAAUUGGGGGCAUCCUGGGCGGGAUAUUCGGCUUCGUCAUCCUCGUCCUCGCCAUAUGGUUCUGCACUUUGCAUGACGCCCGGAGGCGCAGACACCGGCAGAGGCGGCAGCGGAUAUACGACUCUUCGACUUGCUCCUCAUCCGACACGUCCCAUCUCGAAUCAAGGCGAGCCAGGAGGGAUAGGAGGCCGCAGCCGGGACCACCAAGGGCAAAGAAACCCGCUGCGCAUGUGCACUUUAUGCCCCAGCCGCCGCCGCCGACGUUUCAUGUCAACCAGGCCCAGCCGUGGGCUCCAAAGUAUGGUGGACCGAAGCGAUAUUAUGGAUGAGAAGAGGCAUGCCAUGGGUUGGCAGGGGGCUUUAAACUUCAGCGACGUGUUUUCAUGGGCGGCAUCUCAUUUCAGACUUUAAGCGUGGUCCUCGUGCCAGGGAAUGUCUCUUAUGUCUACCUUACGGUUUCCUUGGGCGCAAUAACUUGGGAUAGCAGAUAUGCUGUGUUGAUAACUCCCAGUGUUUAUAGGCGGGACAAGACGAUACAAAUUCAU